CUGCCCAUUCAGGAACUACUUUCUAUUUCAUUCUCGACUCGACGUUGUAAAUUCAACGAACUGUCCAUAUAGAACGGCGUGGAUUUCAACAAAAUUGUAUCUUCAACCUUAAAGUCUCAACAGUUGUUAUCCAUAGUGAUAGGAGGCAAUGAAUUCUGACGUUUUGUAUGGAUGCUGCGGAUGUAUAUUCUUGAUAAUUAUGUAGUGAACCCUCCGUCCAGAUCAAAGAGGGUGCACAAGGGCCACCAGGGGAGCGCGACUUCGGUUUCUCAUGAGAAAUUCCAUGAAAGACAGGCGCAAAAUAUCGGCUUGAACAUGGUUUUACCGACAAUCGGACGGAAUUGUUGCGAAAGAAGAACCCUUCUCUUGGUGCUGGUGCUCCUGGGUCUGGUUCUGAAGUGCCAGUGUCGGGAUCCAGACAGUUUCGUGUUCGAUCCGGUGCCCAUCGGCCAGGAUGUUUUGGACGGGCGUCGUGCGCUGAUGUCGUGUGGCGUGGUCGACCCUGUUGGACUGCAGUUUCACUGGGAGUUGGACGGGCGGAGACUGGCGAACACAACACGGAGGGGCAUGGUGGGUAGUAACCUCCAGUUUGACCCAGUGGACAAAGACGAGGACCAGGGCGAGUUUCGCUGUGUGGCGUCCAACGUCACCUCUGGCUACACCAAGAGCAGCGACCCUGCAUCAUUCAACAUCAGAUGGUUGGACGACACGGGCCGAGUACGUCUGGAGAACCCGAGCGCCGAGAACCUCCUCCAGGCCGGCAUCCCCAUCACGCUGCGCUGCCGCAUCAUGGGCAGCCCCACCCCGACCUACGCCUGGUUCCGCAACGGCGAGGAGAUGGACACGGGCGCCGACCCUCGCCUGACUGCGGCCAGGGACGGGCGCCUCACCAUCGACAGCAUCAGUCCCGACGACAACGGGGUUUACUCCUGUAGGGCCGAGAACAGGGCAGGCCAGGCCGUCAGCAACGAGGGCUUUAACCUGGAACUUCUUGACGAGAGCAUUCCUCGGCUGGUGGUGGGCCCUCAGGACGUGGUGGUGAAUAAGAAUGAUGACGCGCGGCUGGACUGUGUGUUCACCGCCGACCCUCCACCCACCAUCCAGUGGUACUUCAACAACGAGGGGCCGCUCACCAACAUGUCCAGGAUCUACCAGGGGUGGAACGGGUCCCUCAUCAUCCGCAGGGUGAAGAAGAAGGACGAGGGUCAGUACGACUGUGUGGCGACCGGCAGUAACGGCAGGGGCACUCCUGUGGUGGCACAGGCAACCAUCAGGCUCGCAUACCUUGGUCACCUGAACUCCCUGGAUCCCUACAUGGUUCCUGCUGGAGACAACCUGAUCGCUCGCUGUGUGCCUCCGGACGGUCUGCCUGAGCCUCUCAUCACAUGGGAGAGGGACGGAGCACCUGUACCCAGCAGUGGAAGGGUCUACACCACAGGUGAGCAGCUGAUCAUCAACAGGACGCAGGUGUCAGACAUGGGCAACUUCACCUGCGUGGCCUCCAACACUGCAGGCGAGGAGAGACAGAACAUGAUGGUGGUCGUUGCAACUCCACCUCAGUGGCUACAGAGACCAGAGGACACAGAUGCAGAUGAGGAUGGCCACGCCUACCUUCACUGCCACACCCGUGCCACGCCCAACCCCUCCAUAUCCUGGCACAGGACCUCACUCAGAAUAGACCCCGCAAAGGACAACAGGUACGAGGUGUUCAGUAACGGCACCCUACACAUCAGCCCGGUGCGUGUGCUGGAUGAAGGAGACUACUACUGCGCCUCGCAGACUCUGGCCGGCAGCAUCGAGGGACAGCUCUUCCUCAAUGUCAUAGAAAAGUUGAAGUUUUCCCCCUCGCCCGUCCCACGGACCCUGGAGCUGGGAGACACCGUUGCCAUCCGCUGUAACGCCAAGGGGGAGUACCCCCCGACCAUCCAGUGGCUGAAGCACAACGUGGCGUCGUCCGCCUGGCCUGCCUACGUACAGGAGGCCAACGGGACCCUGCAGUUUAACGGUGUACAGAAGGAGGAUGCAGGGCUGUACACGUGUAUCGCCUCCAGUCCACAGCAGGGGCUGAUCAAUGCUACCAUCAAGCUGACAGUGUUUGUGAAGCCCCAUUUCACAGUGACCCCCAAUGACACCACAGUUGGGGAGGGUUCCCAGGUCCUGCUGCACUGUCAGGCUGAAGGGGAUCCCGAGCCCAUCAUCACAUGGACAGGAACUGACAGCAAGGUGUACACAGAGAAAAGCUGUGAGGAGGAGGGAACACGGUUCUGUGUGUUACCCAACGGAACCCUGCGGAUCGUGAAGGCAGAGCCAGAGGACCAGGGGAAGUACACCUGCAUCGCUGGCAACGUCGGCUGGCUCACCCGCGAGGAGGUCAACGUCGUCAUUAACAAUGGGGCGGUUAGUGGCGUGGGUGCUGAUCCUGCCAUGCUGAAGACCAUCGGUAUCGCCUGCGGGUGUGCGGCAGCCUACAUCAUCCUGGUGCUGGGCCUGAUGUUCUACUGUCGCCGCCGUAAGCCCAGCGACAAGUACGAGGAGGAGGAGGGCACCAAGGAGGAGGCGGACAAGCUGAACGGGGCGGUGGCUAAGGAGGAGAACGGGAUCCACUAUGCUGACACCAUGCUGAAGGUUGACAAUGCCAUCCCGUUGAACAUGGUGAACAGCAGCUAUGGGAAGAGGAGAGGGAGCUACGACAAGCUGCAGUUCCCCAGACAUGACCUGCAGUCCCUCGGGCUUCUCGGGCGUGGAGAGUUUGGUGAGGUGUUCCUGGCGAAGGCUCAGGGGAUCCGGGACGGGGAGGAGGAGACCAUCGUGGUGGUCAAGUCCCUCUCCACGCGCGACGAGAACCUGCAGUUCGACUUCCGCCGCGAGAUGGACAUGCUCAGCAAGAUGAACCACGACAACGUGGUGCGCCUGCUGGGGGUCUGUAAGGAGGCCGAGCCCGUCUGUCUCAUCACGGAGUACAUGGAAUGGGGUGACCUGAAACAGUUCCUGAUGGCGACCCGGCAUGAGAAUGGCAAGAAGAAGGCGUCCCUCCCUCCGCUCAGCCUCAUACAGAAGAUCCACAUCGCCAACCAGAUCGUGCUGGGGAUGGAGCACCUGUCCAACCACCGCUUCAUUCACAAGGACCUGGCCGGCAGGAACUGUCUCCUCAACCCCCACCUGGACAUCAAGAUCUCCACGCUAAGCCUGUCCCGGGACGUGUACGCCACAGAGUACUACCACUACCACCAGCAGUACAUCCCGCUCAGGUGGAUGCCGGCUGAGGCCGUGUUCGAGGACGAUUGGUCGACGAAGAGCGACGUGUACGCGUUCGGGAUAACCAUGUGGGAGAUUUUCAACCUGGGGUGUUUGCCCUUCAAGGAACUAGACGAUGAGGACGUGAUGAAGGGACUGACUCUAGGAGAGCUGGAGCCUGAGGUACCUCCCUACUGUCCUAAGGAAGUGUUCGCGGUGAUGCAGAAGUGUUGGGCGGAGAGCCCCAAGGACAGACCCACCUUCAGCGACCUGGCUGUCGCUCUCUCAGAACUGGAGGUGGACAGUGAUGUGUGAUGUCCAGAGGAAGUUAAGGCGUUGUAACAAGGGGAUUGGUUGUAGAUGCAAACAAAAAUUCUGAUGUACGUGUAACAAAAAUAACAGUUACAUUAUUUGAUGCUGUCAACACUUACUGUUCAAAUAAAAGUAAUGUACAGGCCUGCCUUACGUAGAUAUUGGUCAUAUUGGCCAUUACAAUUACUUUGGUUGAGGAAGUUUUUAGGUCAAGUUUUUAAAUUUUAAUGUACAGUUUUGUUGACAGCAUCAGAUUGUGCCAAAGUGUAUCAAUAUGUAAGAAAUUACCUGAUGUUGCUAUAGUUACAUCCCUUUGUCAGACACAAUUGAGAAUGUUGUUGUUGAAGUAUGUUGGCUAAAUUUUAUCAUGAAUUGUUGGUGUAGGUCUUCGGACGAAAACCAAGGAAGCAACUUUCUCCGGAGGGAAUUAUAUGAAGUGCCUUGGCAUAGGGUAACCUUUUAUCAUCGACAAAAGUGAUGAGAAGGAAGAUUGUUUUUUUUUUCAACAAUCUUGGACGCGGGUUGCUGUUCAGCCACUUUUCUAUGAGUAAUCCCUCAGGAAGUACCGAUAGCUGCCAACAUAUACAAACACAACAUUGUGUAGUUAUUUGUUGCCAGACAGUGGAAAGCAGUCCCUGUAGGAUUUCCUCCUUACUGUGGGCUUGUUAGUUUGCUCACCAAAUGUGUACCAGUUACAUUAUCACAGGGUAAGCCAGUGGGGAGAUGCUGAAAUGAGCUUUUGGCCUUCUAUAUUUGAAGCAGUUUAAGACAUAAAUGUGAAAAAAGUUGUUGACCACAUCUUCCAAACCAACAACUGCCGAGAAACUUCAGCAAAACCUGGUGUGUUCAUGGAACAGUGGUGGAAAGACUUGUGGUAGGAAGUUGCAAGCCCCUUGAAAGUAACAAAGUAGAACACAGAUGUAGUUCAAAACUGACUUCUGCAAUAGACUGUUGUAUACCUCAACUGGGGUGAGCCUUCGUCACCAAGGGACCACUAUUUGUCAUUUUAUCAUGUGUCAUUUUAUUCUAUUGUGCCAAAGUGGAAAGGCUUUCUUCCAUGGUGCUAGAAAUUUGAGUAGAGUGCAUAAAAGGAUGAAAGAGAAAACAGAUAAAUAAGUAACUGUAACGUAAAUUAACAAAUAAGGACCAAGAUUGUGUAUUAAAGUGGUCAAAGGUGUAUAGGACGUGGGCACCUUGUUUACGUUUAUGUGAUCCUUGCUGGUCACCAUAUUUAACUGACUAGCAUUUUAUCAUGUGAAGUCCUCCAUUAAUAUAAGCAGUGGGGUCACACUGUAGUUGCCUAUUGAUUUUUUAAGUAAAUAUUGGAUGCUUGAUAAAUAAAUGAUGUAAGGACAUUGGUGUCUUUACAGAUUUCCAUGCUUUUGUAAAUAUAAGCUGUGGAUAUGGGUAGAAUUAUGUACCAAUGCAGACAUAUGCUGUUAAUUUUGAGUCAAGCAAGGUUUCCUUUUUUUUUUUAAUCUUUGCUUUUUUAGUAUACAUCCUUAAUGUUAUGAAGGUCUGCCAAGGGUGGCUCCUUUGUUAGCCCUUACAAGUAUGUUUCUGAUGACUGUCAUCUGGAUUAGGGCAGGUCACAUUUGUUUUAAAACAGGUUUGCAUUCUUCGCACAGCCGUGGAUGGUAUCCUUCAAAAUUCAGCUGUCUUGUUACAGGAAUGAUUGCCGUAGAUCCUUGUCAUUGUCAAUGAUCACAUGGACUCGCUGAAAAUCCAAACACCAAAAACAAUGUUGUAUGACAAAUGUGACUGACAAGAAGAUGUGAAAGGAACAUCUUAAAGGUAAAAGAAACAGGUCUGGGAAUUGUUGCCAUGCUGCUGUUGCUAUGUUCAACUUCUCAAACAAAGUGCCCGUCACUAAACAGCGGUGACAUUUGUGAACUUUCGGCAGGACUCUGACCAAAUUCUCUGCCAUCCUUUAACCAAAACACUAUUGGCCUGUCUCAGCCAUUGGCUUACAGAACUUUUCUCAUGGUUUUGAUUGACAGAACAUUUGCUAGUAGCAUUCAUUUUUUGGCAUUGUUCUGAUCGUUGCUGAAGACAAGUUUGUAUGAGAUGUAGCAUUUGUUGAAGUCAAGAACAACGAUGUAAAGAAGUUUUGAUGGCACCAUUUGAGUUUCAAAUGUUUUUUAAUAAUUUGAAAUCAGUGUUUCUAUUGAGACACUCCAUUCUGUACAUAAUUGUAUUUUGUUGCUAUUAUCAUGGCUAUGUUGUAAAUAUUGUAGGUGUCCUGUGAGAAGGCAGAGUAUUUCCUGACUUACAUGUAGUAGUGUGAGUACUAUGCAAAAGUGGUAUCAAAAAGAAUUAGAUCAUGACUGUUCCCUUUUUAUUUGCGGUCAGUUUCUAAAUUUCAGGGGUAUCCUGCCUUUUAACAUGUGUCAUCUGAUAAGUCUUUUUAAUGUAUUAUGGUAUUCUUACUUCUGUCAUAAUGUAAACUGUCACAGAGAUGAGACUUUAAAAGAUUGUUGUUGAGAUUCCAAACUUUUGCGGUCUAUCCAACUUUAAAGAGACCAGUCUCUAACAACAUUUUGGAACACACUAUGUACUCAUGAGUUACCCAAUUGGAUUUGUACAGUCUUGUUCAUAUUUUUUUUCGUUAAUGAUGUUGUCCAGAUUUGAUGGACCUUGGAGUUAGUGAAUUCUCAAUCAUCCUGGUGCAAGUUGUAGAGAAUAUUUACUUUAACGAAUACCUAAACACAUGAAGGAGUCAGUCUUGUCCCCUUUUGUAUCUCAUAGUAAGAUGUCUUACCCUUAUUACCGUUGUCCUAUACAUAUGUGUAUACAUAGUAGCCUAUUCUUGUUCUCUUUGUACAGACCUUCACGAGAUGUACAGUUGUCCAUUACUGAGAUCAUGAAAGAUGCGAGUGGGGCAACCAAAUUUUAUUCAAAAUGUAUGUGCGCAGGUUUUUACAGAAGUAUUUUUGUGUAAUUUAUUAGUGCAUACUGUUGUAAUGCUAAGUAAGUACAACAUUUAGUGGCAAUAGGAAAAAGCGGAGACAAUCGUUAGAAGAGAGUUUUGUAAGGAUGAUGCAGGUCUGAUGUUUUUGUCAGGACCCAUUUUUGAUCAGUAGCAAGAGAGCUGAAUACAGCCAGCAGUGGAAUUACUAGAGAGCGUUGACAUUUUGUAUUAGGAACCAUUUGUAUGGAUGGCAAUAAAGUGGCUGUGCCUUACAUUUGUACAGUUUA